GGCAGCUCCGGGGCUGCACUUCAGACUUUACUUUUCGGUUCCGAGAGGUUCUAGCCAGCAGCCCGCCGCUUCCUUCUCCUUCAGCACCAGCACAAGCGGAGAGCGGAGACGAUCAUGUCGGAGACUGUUCCCGAAGCACCGGUGGCCGCGGCGCCCGCCGCCAAGGCGCCUGCCAAGAAAGCCAAGAAGCCCGCGGGAGCCGCCAAGCCGCGCAAGGCGUCUGGCCCCAGCGUGACGGAGCUGCUGACCAAGGCGGUGGCCGCGUCCAAGGAGCGCAACGGGGUGUCCCUGGCGGCGCUCAAGAAGGCGCUGGCGGCCGCCGGCUACGACGUGGACAAGAACAACAGCCGCAUCAAGCUGGGCCUCAAGAGCCUCGUGAGCAAAGGCACCUUGGUGCAGACCAAAGGCACGGGCGCCUCGGGCUCCUUCAAGCUCAACAAGAAACAGCUGCACGAGACCACCAAGGACAAGGCUGCGACCGGGGCCAAGAAGAAGAAGCCGGCAGCGGCCGCCGUCCGCAGCAAGAAGGUGGCGCCCAAGAAGCCCGCUUCCGGCUCGGCCAAGAAGCCCAAGAAGCCGGCCGCCAAGAAGAGCCCCAAGAAGGCGGCGGGCGCCAAGAAGCCGGCAGCGGGCGCCAAGAAAGCGGCGGCCAAGAGCCCCAAGAAGGCCAAGGCCGCCAAGCCCAAGAAGGCGGCGGCCAAGAGCCCCGCCAAGGCAAAGGCCGUCAAGGCCAAGGCCAAAGCGAAGCCAAAGACGCCCAAGGCCAGAGUGGCCAAGCCCAAGAAGGCUGCGCCCAAGAAGAAGUGAAGAGGCGCCGCGCCCGCCCUGCCUGCCUGCCUGCCUCAGCCCUCGCCAUCCCAAAGGCUCUUUUAAGAGCCACCCACUUUCUCACCC